AUGGGAGAUAAUGUUGAUGGUAUCUCUAAUCUUAAAGCCUCCCUUCACCAUACUUCUGAGAUGAAAGAUCUUGGUUCUCUCAGUUAUUUUCUUAGUCUCGAGGUCAUAUCCACAGAUGACAGUAUCUAUCUCUCUCAAGCUAAGCAUGCUUCAGAUCUUCUUGCUCGCGUGGAGAUUAUAGAUAGUCGCACUGAGUCUACUCCCCUUGAGCCUAACUUUGCUUUACCCCUAUGGAUGACACUCCAGUUCUUGUCAACUCCUCAUAAUACUCACUAUGCGGCCGUUCUUUGCAUUCUUCGCUAUAUCAAAGGCACUCUGUUUCAUGGACUUCAUUUUUCUGCCCAUUCAUCUUUAUCCCUUCAAGCGCACUCAGAUGCUUAUUGGGCUGGUGAUUCCACUGAUCGUCGUUCUACUACUGGUUAUUGUUUGUUUCUUGGCAACUCUCUCAUUUCCAGGUGA